CUUGGGAUGCACCGUCGAUGGUGUGGAUGAUUUAAUGGCUUUAAGAAGACGACGUUUUGGCUGGUGUGGCGCCGUCGCCGCCGCCGUACAGCAAACAAAGUAAAGCAGCAUCUUGAACUCGUUCUUCUCCGUUUUUUCCGUUCCCUCCCGAAUGGCAUGGUAGAAGUAGGUCUGUCGUUCACUCGACCUUUCUUUCCGGAGGGAGCGAGGGGGGGGGCGAUGAGAUCGGGAAGUUUGGAAGUUUGGCUGCAUCACGUUACUGACCUACGCUUUUGGGGGGAGCCUGAGCACUCCACGCGAGCUGCAGAGUGUUGUGACUUGGCGGAGUUGUGUUGUAUUGUUGCAGAAGGUUAAAUUGUCUGCCCGCGCUGACCAGCCGGACAUUUGAUCCAGCGCCAGAGCAGCAGCGCGCCUUUGUGCCGGAACUUGGGGCGUAGCUGGUGCGUGCCUCUGCCCCACGAGCAGCUGCGGGCGCAGGGUGAAACGUGUCCUAUCGGAACUGCCGUUCCCCUUCACGCCGUCUGUCCGAUUGGCGGAUCUUGUGGCAUCGAGUGACCUUGAGCCGGAAACGGAACGACCCCUGCUGUGCUGCAUAUUAUAAAUAGUGGUAAGCGGGCUGCGCCACCUCAUCAGUAUCACGGCCCACCUCAGUGAGCUCAAGGUGCUGGAGCAGUGCCGGGCAGCUGGCUGCCAACAUGUUGACUUAUCGCGCUUGGUUGCUGUUAGCGCUGCUGGGCGCCCAGUGCGCGCUGAUACUGGGCGCGCCCGCUACCGGCCACGGUUACGACACAAAGAGCUUCGCCCAGGCCUACCUGGAGUGUCUGCGGUACCUGAACAUCUCGCGCCAAUCGCUGUACGCGUACGACAGUGCGGCCGUCCCGCUGAACUGCGGCAGCAACUGUCUGCUGCGCUGCAUCGGCCUGAACGCCCGCUGGUGGCACGACGAGACCGGGCUGAGCGAGCGGGCGCUGGUGCGCUUCUUCCGCCAGGCGCCGGCCGACUCGCUGCUGCAGGCCCGCGCCUGCGUGGCCGAGCUGCCCGCCCCGCCGGCCGACAGCUGUGCCGGCGCGUACUGGUCGUUCCGGUGCUACAGCGACGCGCUGGGCGAGCUGAUUGCCCACCCGGCGUAUGUGGCACCGUGCGGGCAGGAGAUACGGCGCGCGGUGAGCGACUGUGCCACGAUGCUGCAGGUGGAGGACGGCCAGCUGCAGACGUGCGUGAGGACGGAAACCUUCCUACGGCAGGGCAACGGUGCCGCGCUGCUGCGGUGCGUCGUGCUGCGGCUCGGGCUGUACGCUGACUCGACCGGGGUGCUGUGUGACCGGGUGCGGCUGCUGAUGGACGCGGACACGGCCGAACAGUGGACGGUGGCACGUGCGGAGGAAGCCAAGCGGUGUGAGGAGGACUUGCGGGCGCUCGGUGCGGACACGUGCGUCGUGGCGGCCCACGCCGUGGAGCUCUGCUACGGGUGGCCGGCGUUUGGCGAACUCUGGGAAGUGCUCAAGCAGGAGUACGGCAGCUCGGAUGACGCACUGGCAGAGGAGAGCGAGCAGGUGGUGGUUGUUGGUGCGAGCAGCAGCACGGAGGAACCGCAGGAAGCCGAACCCAACGAGAUUACCGCUGCCGAGGAAGACGUGGAGGUGUUUAAGUAUCCAUCCAGCCCCCGGUUCCGUGGAUUAGUGAUCGUAGCGCCGGAGCUGUACGCCGUGGAUGCGACCGUUGAAGAUGGGUCGAAAUCGUCAGAAGGCUCGUCCUCGCAGGAUGAGGAAGAGCAGCUGCCUAAAGAUGUUAAACCGACCCAACUGGAGCUGGCAGACGGGCAGGAGCCGGUGACGACUACAAACGGCAAUACUGUGAAGCAAUCGGCAGCCUCUACGGUAUGUGACUUUACUUUUAAGACCUGCGCCAUGGUGAACUACAUGCUUCAAUAUACUAUGUCUAGGCUCAGGAACCGUUGGAGAAGGAACCGAAAGCAACCCAUACUGUUCAGGCACGUUCGGUGUCUCAACACCAGCUGGAUGGGGCUCUACGUAAGUGCACAAGUGUUCCUGCGUUCUUCCAAAUGUGAGCAGCGUGCCUUUAUCAUCUUCCAAACUUCUUCUUCUAGUGAUUCACACGCACCGUCGCAGUCAUAAUGAGCCGGCGCGAUUCGUCAGGGAUGUCCACCCGCUGCUUGUGGAUUUGGUCAUGGUGCAUGC